GUGCUCGCUCCCGCGGUCUGCAGGGCUCUCUCGACUCCGCCGCCCUCUUUCUUUCUUUCCCUCCCUCCUCCCUCCUUCCUUCCUCCCUUCUCUCUGCCUCUCUCUGUCUCUUUCCUCCCCCCCUCCUCCCUCCCUCUCCCUCUCCCUCGGCCGCCUUGGAAUGAAGAUGGUGGCCAGCGUCCGGGUGCAGAAGCUGGUCCGCCGCUACAAGCUGGCGAUCGCCACGGCGCUGGCCAUCCUGCUUAUCCAGGGCCUGGUGGUGUGGAGCUUCAGCAACCUGGAGGAAGAGGACCAGGGAGAGGUAAAGGCAAGGCAGGGCAAGGGGCCGGCGCCUGCCUCCCGCGACGGCGACGGGGGGCGAGCCAAAGGGGUCUGGGCAGAGCCCCCGGGGCCGCGGAGAAGCCGGCGUCGGGCGGCCAGGGAGCGCCGAGGGCGGAGCGGUGCCCAGAGCCGGCCAGGGUGGCUUCUGCUCCGGGGAUGGCGGGUCGGGUCAAUCCGCCGCCCGAGGGCGCGCGAGGGAUUUAAGGGUGGCGGUGAUGGUGCUCUUUGGAACAUCAGGGUGACACGGAAGGCAUGCACAGAGAGAGAGAUUUAUGCCGAGAUAUGUAAAAAAAAUACACACAUAUAUAUAUACAUAUUUAAAAUGUUGGUUUCGGGAGCAAGGCUUGUAGCCCCGGGACCGAGGUUGGUCCCUCGCCCCGGGCUGGUUGUGCUAUGGGGGGCUACGUGAAACUACUACAAAGUGGCGGCAAGGUCGGGACGGCUGCGCGCGUUUGUGGCGCUGGGUAACUCGGGUGGGGUGCGACGGCAGGGCCUGCGUACAGGUAAUGUUUCGGUUUGAACCCUCUCUUCGGCAGAGAGGGUGCCUCGGGAGGUAGUGGGGUGAUGCACCAGGGUUUUUGGGUCAGCCCAGUUUGUGUGAAGGUUUGCUCCGAAGUUUAGGGGCUGGGUGCAUCGGCGCUCACUUCCCCAAGUUAGUUGCGGCUUAACUCUGGAAGGCGUGUUGCGAAGUUGCUCGAAGCUGAUACUGGGCAUGAGGGGUGGCUGGGGACCUGCAUGUGUAAGGGGUGUUUGCUGUGGAGACAUGCCAUAUACUGUAUGCCUUUAGUGUGCUCAUUACUUGGUACAGUGGUACCUCGGGUUACAUACGCUUCAGGUUACAGACUCCGCUAACCCAGAAAUAAUACCUCGGGUUAAGAACUUUGCUUCAGGAUGAGAACAGAAAAAGUUCUCCAGUGGCGUGACGGCAGCGGGAGGCCCCAUUAGCUAAAGUCGUGCUUCAGGUUAAGAACGGGCCUCCGGAACAAAUUAAGUACUUAACCCGAGGUACCACUGUAUUGCAGUUUAGAGUAUGGCAUCUACUGGCCAGUUGACACAUUUUGCUGAGGGAGGGGGUAGAAUGUAGGAAGGGCCCUGCUGGAUCAGACCAAGUGUCCGUCAAGUCCAGGGCUUCCUAUCAGAGGCCAUGCAUCGGCUUUCAGGGGAGACUUUAUGCCACCAUUUGCCAUUAAGCAGUGCGCACUCUCCUGUAUUUGGGAGGUGUAACACAGCAGAAUACGGAGAUGGUGGAAUGAGAAAUACCUGGGGAAGUUUCCAGGCUGCUGUAUCUUACAAUAUUGGCUUGCGUCGCUUUGAAUCGCUCAUUGAAGCAGAUGCUACCACUCAGUGAGCGGUUUGUGUGUAGUAGAGAAUCACCAUGUGAAUCUGAUUGUUUUCACCAUGGGAUGAUAAAAGCAGUUUCAACUUUCAGUCUUCAUAGUUUGAAUGGGCUGAGCUGCUGCAUGCAAAGCAGCUCAGCACAUGGUAACAGGCACUGCAUGGAGCUACUUAAGAUCAACCCCUGCAUAGCCGUUGUAGGAUCCUGACCUUUAGAAGUGGGGAUAGACAACUUAGUUCAUACCAAUAAUUACUUUGGAAAUGGGAGAGGCAGAAAUCAGUUCUCUCUUGUCUGUACAAACCUGGAGGAAUGGGGAGAUGCCAGGCUUUGGCCGAUAGCAAAACAAAAAGAGUGUGACACACCUAUUUGUGCAUGUGACCAUGCUUUCAAAGCUUGAGUCGGUUUGGGUUUUUCCCUUCUCUGUCAAAUCAGGAUUGAAAUGUACCCAGCCUCUUACUUCUCUGCUUGGUUUUAUUUUUUUUACCCUCUGAUCUGGACACACAUUGAACUGUUUCCAGAGUAGGUCUGCAUUUCCACCUCAAGUUUACUGAAGAAGUAAAUUUGAAUGCUAUAGAAGUGACCACUUGGUUACGUAUGAAGGAACUGAAACACCGCAAAGCUCAACCAUUCUGCGGUUCCUGUGGUGUCUGACUUCGCAUCGUGUUCCUCCACCCUGAUUUUAUGCUUUUUCAUUUAUUGCAGGGCUAGGCAAUUAGUGGUCUUGUAUUUGUUGUAGGAUUCCAGUUUUCAUCAGCCCCAACCAGCAUGGCCAGUGGUCAGGGAUGAUGGGAAUGAGAAUGGUCACAGUUUCCUUGCCCCCGGUCUAAUGCUUGUAAAUACGGUACUUUUGAACACCUGAAGAAGUUGGAUUGCUUCAGGCUAAGAUAGUGAACCUUUUAGUUACUCAUACAAAUUUGCAUUGUUUGAAGUGCUUUUUCUGACGUUCUUGAUCAUCUUUUGGGAGGCUUUUCCCACUGGAAUUUUCAGUUCCCUAAGUCUGCUGGCGCAGAACAUCUGCUUUGUAUCUUGAGCUAGAUUUGCUGCUUUUAUGUAAGAAACAGCUUACUGUGGCAGAGGCGGUCUGUCUGGAUUAGAUAGACUAGAUCCCUCCUGUCUCUACCACACACAUCUGGCAUAGUGCAUGCAAUGGGAGAUCUAUUUUCACUCCCUGGUUUGGGAAAUCGGAUGUUAUGGGCAUCUUAAUAAUAUGUUCUCUAAAAACAGAAAGGCAAAGAUCUUCUGAAACUCUCCACCCUUGUCCAUUUAUAGUCUGUAGUUGGCUGCCUGGUCUCCUGCUGUUUGCCUCCAAUUCUGCGAAAAAGGGGGGAAAUAUAAUUGGCAUUUUUGUACAGAGGACAGGGCAUCCACCCAAUGCAUUGUGUGAGAACACGAGCCCAUUAACAAGUUUAGCGAAGCUGAGUGCAGCAUCCUUUCAUAUAUGUGCAUGCUGCUUCCUGGCUGAUCGCAACUGGACAAGCCAUAGUGCCAAGACAUAAAUAAAUGUCGGAAUCCUUUCCACAAGAAUCUCUGCCAUUACGAUGUCUGCCUGAUUCUGCAAGUGCAGUAGAGCCUUGGUCUUCUACAGUGAGAGAUCAGGUGUUGAAUAAGGUAGACUCACACUAUAUGGCCACUGAAGUGUUACAUUGAGGAGAUGGGGAUGGGUGGCUUUUGCUUGACCCUAUAGGCAGCAGUGUGAAUUUGGGACCAGUUUAUGUGUUCAAGAAGAAUCACAUAGUAGAGCUGUCUUGGAGCUGCCGCUUCAGAAGGGUAGCCAAGAAGUUUUCUCCAUGCCACAUUUUUCAUGGCUGGGGAGUUCUUGACAUAGAGGAGCUUUCGGUCACAUCAUGAUCCCCACCCCACCCCCGGCCGCCAGCUGCAUUCUGAAGUGGUACAAACCCAGUGAUAAAUUUGCAAGAAGAUUUUAUCAAAUGACAACUUGUCAGCAUUCAUUUACUGCUGUUUGUGUAAAAUAGUCAUAAAAUGAAUUCUACCCUGACAUGUAACUUUAAUCAAUUACAAGCAAAAUAUUUGAAUAGCCUAUUGACAGCUUCUGCAAAAUUCACUGUCCAAUUGCCCCAUAAUAGGCAGUGCAGUCUUUUAUACAAGCCUGCACAGAAGCACGUCCCAUCCACUCUGGUAAAUGAGUAUAGGUUCACAGCCUGAAUUAACUCUAAAACAACAACUACACUCUUUCAUGAGCAGACAUGCAUUUAAAGCCCAGUUAUGACACCUGGUUUGAGUUUAUAAUUCACUGGCCUUUUUCCUCCAAAGUGCCACUGACUUUAUUAUGAAGUUGUAGCAAUGAUGUGCUUUGAUUUUAAAUGCCACAAAAUCAGUCCCUCUCCUGAGACCUUUGAUCUGGGGUUUCUUUCCAUGAUGUGCGGAAGCACUGUUGCAGCCUGCAGCUCUAUUUUGUCUUCCCAGAAGAGAUGGUUAAAUUUACCCACUGGACUGUCUAGCUUCUGCUUAAAGCAGCUGCUUCUGGCUCUGGUUCUGUUUUUGGAAAGCUCCCCUUUGAUCGCUGCUUCCUUUUUGCCUGCCUUCCUAACUUUUUGAGGUUCAGGUUAUUUCAGAGCAAGCAUUAUCACAAGAUGAUAGGUUGCUGCUAAGUAUAUAGGGGGAGCGGGGAGACCCAAAAGAUUCCUACUAAAGAAUCAAUUCAAAAUCUGAGUAGGGUCAACUGGUCUUAACUGUGGGCCAUGUUUUUCACUGAAAAAGAUCUAGAUGUUGCAGCAAUGGACAUUGGGACAAGAAGCGGAGACUGCUCUUUUCAAAGAACAAUUAUUUAAAGGAUGUUUCUCUCUAUAUUAUAUAAAAACCCAGGCUUCAGCACGAUGGGCUGAAUUGAAAAGGAAGCAUCUUUUGUCAGUGUUAAAAGGGUGACAUUUUCUUACUUUCGUCUUAGCAGUUCAUAACAAUAAAAAUGUCUCUCUCCAAAGCAUAGGUGAAGUACAGGUAGAUGCAGCUAUUUAUUGUCAGGACUGAAUAUGUUGUUCUUCUUGUUGCUUGGGCAUGUUUUUUUGUGCAUGCUCUGGGGGAUAAAUAGAAACCUGUCUAUUGUUUGGAUGAAAGCUAAACAAAAAUGUCCAAAUGACCCAAGACUGCAAUCCUGUGCACACAGAAGUCCCAUUGUUGAAAUAAGUGGAAUGGAUUUCAGGGGGGACCCCAUAUAUUGGAUCAGGCUCCACUCCCCCUAAGCAUAAAACAAAGCUUGAAAGUAAGCCCUCUCUGUGCAACACUCUUCAGUAAACAUGGUUGUGAUGUGGCUUGGGAGCAUCAGGUACUUGAAGCAUGUCCAUAUCAUGUUGUUAGUCUCAUCUAAAACAUCUGCCUGGUGUUCAGAUUUAGACAAAUAAGAAGCAUCUCCAUGAAUACUUUAUGCUGAUCUUAUUUAUAUCAGAGGGCAUUCUCAAAGGAAAGGGGCAGAAUUCCGUAUCAAUAUUGCAUCCUGGCGCAUACUUGGGCGAGGAAAAGAAAACAUUCUGAAACAAAAAGAAUGAAUUGAAAUGCUUUUUCUAUCAGUCAAGAUUCUUGGACUCUUAUUUUUAAAGUAUCUCAAAGCUUCUAUAUUGGCUAUAGGCAUUUAGCUUAAUGCUGAGCCUAUCAUGUAUGCAUCGUUGUACUCUGAAUCGAUUGAUCUGGUGGCUGAACUAGCUGUUGACCCCUUUGAGUUUUAGCCCCUUCCCUACACAUACAUAAGACCCAGAGAACGAGUCCAGUAUUUGUUGGCUACAGAAGAAGAAAUGCAACUCCAAGUGCACCAAUGCUGUAAAGGCACAUGGUUUGAACAUCAAUUCUCUUACAGUUGUGGGAGGUAUAUUUGUCUGUAAGCCUGGGGAGGCCACAGCUUCAGCUCAAGAACAAGGAAGGAGGAAAAUAAUGUGUAUUUUCUUUAAUUCUUUAUUCUGGUAGCUAGAUUGGGCAAGCCUUCGUUCUUACGUAAUGUGUGCCCCCGGCACAAUAAUUGAGGCAUCUCAUCUGGAGGAAGGAGGGGCUGCAGUUCUGUGGCGGAGAGUACAUGCUUUGGACGCUUUGAAAGUCACAGGUUCAGUAUUUCCAACUAAGAAGAAUAGAUAGCAGGUGAUGGGGAAGACCUUUCUCUGCCUGAGUCCCCUAGGGAGCUGCUGCCGGCAGAGUAGGCAAUGCUGGGCUUAAUGGACAAAUCGUCUGGGCUGGUAUAUUCAGUGGUACCUCUGGUUACAAACACUUCGGGUUACAGACUUCUCUAACCGGGAAGUAGUACCUCGGGUUAAGAACUUUACCUCAGGAUGACAACAGAAUUUGUGCGCUGGUGGCAGUGGGAGGCCCCAUUAGCUAAAGUGGUGCCUCAGGUUAAAAAUGGUUUCAGGUUAAGAACGGACCUCUGGAACGAAUUAAGAUCGUAACCAGAGGUACCACUGUAUUCACAAAUCAGCAGGUGACAGACAAAAGAAAGUACUUUUAAACACGGAAGAACACAGUUAGCCUCUGGAACUCAGGGGCCACUUCACACAUUUCACAAUUUCUAUGUCUGCAAAGCCACAUUCAUAUGUGAUUACAGCAUAUAUGCAUUGAGAAGCUGUAGCCUGUUACACACAUGUGUGAUUAUCAUAAGUAGUGGGCUAUGCAUUUUGUACAUGGUGUGACGUGGCUCAUACGAUGCCUAAAAAUGGAUGUAAUAAGACCUAGAAUAAUCACUGUGCUGGUGUCUGUUAGUCACAAAAUAAGGAAGUCCAAAAACCACAGUCAUGCUGAAAGUAUGGAAUCACACACUUUGGUUGCAUGCAGCAGCGCUAGGAGGCAAAAUUCUGACCCCAAGCUUCAAUUUGUAAGAGCUGCGUGGCAGGGUUUUAGAUGCCAGUAGCAAAGUGGUACAACAUUUCCAGUUCCUAGUGGCCAGCAUCAAUUUUGAGCACCUAGCUACCUAUCAUUUUCCCCAGCCCUGCAAUAGGAAGGAAAACCCUCUGUUUACCUUGUCUCUCCUCCUCCUUGUGUACUCCCAUUGCUAGGUCAGAGUGCUUAUUCCUAUUUCCUGAGCGCUAAAACCCUCCUAGGAGCUGUUGCACACAAGGGGCAAGAGAGGCCCCUUUAUAAGAGGAAGAAGUGCUGCCGAUUUUGCCAUGGGGGUUGCAGGCCACUUAAAGCAGCUUGAUGAGCCUGGUCUGUAAGGUAAAAAGGUAAAGGACCCCUCAACAUUUAAGUCCAGUCAAAGGCGACUCUGGGGUUGCGGCGCUCAUCUCGCUUCAGGCUGAGGGAGCCGGUGUUUGUCCACAGACAGCUUUCUGGGUCAUGUGGCCAGCAUAACUAAACCGCUUCUGGUGCAACAGACCAAAGUGAUAGAAGCGAGAGUGCACGAAAACACCGUUUACCUUCCCGCCACAGUGGUACCUAUUUAUCUACUUGCACUGGUGUGCUUUCAAACUGCUAGGUUGGCAGGAGCUGGGACAGAGCAAUAGGAGCUCACUCCGUAAUGUGGAUUCAAACCGUCAGCCUUCCAAUCGGAAAGCCCAAGAGGCUCAGUGGUUUAGACCACAGCACUACUCGUGUCCCUUGCCUGGUCUGUGCCGUAGGUUCACCAUCCCAGCCCCUAGACUAUGUCAUCUGUCGGUGACCUCAGGGUCCUGCUCCAGAACCAGCCUGGCUUAUUUCCACCCCCUUUGCCUAUCCCCAGUCUCUACUAAUGUAUUUCUGUUCUGGGUACCAGUUGCAUCUCUUUAUUUUCUUCCACAGGCUGCAUCAUUUUUUUUUUAAAAACCCCAGUUGUUGUUUUUUAAAAAAAUCACAGUGGAUCUUAAUCUCCUGCUGUUUUGGUUGUAUUUGGGUAUGUUCCGCUUUCACCCCAAAACUCAUGAAGUGUAUCUCUGGCUUUCUCCACUGUCUCUGAAUGGGAGCUGUAGUCAAACAAACAUCCAAAGGGUGCCGUAUUGGUUACCACUUUGUUAGAAGGUAGCUGACCGAUUAAGCUCUACAUGCAUGUUUGGUACUCUGUAACAAACCUAUUUUGAUGUUGAGUGGUCAAAUCCACAAUAAAGUAAUCCCAAAGACCUGUGAAAAUUUGGGCUGUGACUUGCAGCGAUGCAGGCAGUGUGGCAGAGUACUACCCGGAUGCAGAAGAUAGCCUGUUUUGUAUAUCUCCUGGAAGUACGGGCUGUCUUGAAAGCUCCCGUGAUAAUCUGUUGGUUUUACCAGCAAGCGCAAAUGGUGGAGAUGAAGCAACAUGGCGACGAGAGUCUGGAAAUAUAAGAGCGCCUGUCCCGACGAGCAGCGGGGAAUCCAUGCAAGCAGAGACUUUGCCAAAAAGGUCUGCCGAAGUGUUAAACAGAAGUUGGGAGUAAUUUAUUUUCUUUCCUCCGUGGGUCGAACAGAAGGGAUUGCUCUGGCACCGUGCAGCAAUUAGGAGCCACUGAGUUCAUUAACUGGCAGCUGAAGGAAGGAGAGGGAGAGGAGGGAUGCCUUCUCACCUGUCACAGGCUAGAUUAAGAGCUCCUUCUGGGAGAGAUGGAUCUGCCAGCAACAGCCACCACUUAGGAGGCCCAUUCUUAAUGCUCAGCCGUGCACAUUGUGGAAGGGGGGAGCAGCAGACAGGUGUUCUGGCAGCCUGUCUCACCUUCCUUGUCUCGUCACUCUCUCUUUCUCUUCCAGGAUGUGCGAGGUGAGGAAAACGUAUUUGUCUCUAGGGGUGUCUUCAUUUGGAAGUACGAUGCAGUGGGCUUGACUGUGAGAGGGCAAUGUGCUGGAAAGGAGCAGAGACACUUGCCUCCGUGCUGCCGGGAGUUCAGCUCUCCGAGUAAACAAAACCCCUUUGCUCCAGAGAGGGCAGGCAGGCAGGGAGAAAAUAUCCUGGGCUGCAGACUUCUGAAGCAUGUGUUCCUCCGAAGAUUGAAGGCGAGCACCAUCCUUUCCAAAAGGAUGCAAGCAUUUCCUUCCUCACGGAGGUGCCUGGCUGCCCCUGGCAGGAUGUUUGUAUCUGAGUAGAGAGCAAAACUUCAGUUGUUUGCCAGCCUCCCUCCUCAGCUCUCACCUUCAUAGUGGAGAAAACAGAUUUAUAAGUCCCUGAACAGAUGGCUUUGCCUGGUGACUAAUGAGCUGUUAUCUCUGCCCGUUCUGGCCUCUCUCUCUCUCUCUCUCUCUCUCUCUAGGAUGCAUGCUUGAAGAGGAAACCAGGGGAAGUUGUGGGUUUUUUCUUUUUCCAAAAGGACUUUGCUUGUGUUUAGUCUGUUCCAAACAAAAAACCAGAACUGCUGGUAAAAAAGCAUGGCAGAAGUUGACUGACUGGGUUGAUUGCUAACCAGCAAGGCAUAUGUGGAAAUCAGAAAAGCUAGUUAGUGUGAAAGCCCAGAGUCCAGGUUGGUCAGCAUCCUAUUAUUAUAAUUUCUUAAUAGACCAACAUUACUGCUUCUGCAGUACAUUCAUCUAGGGGUGAUUCCAGAAUUACAGUUGCUUUGGAGGUCCCCACAAAAGUCAGACUUUCUGUAAUAAGUAAAGGAUGGAAAUCCACUGGAGAGUGUGGAGUAUUGCUUGCUUUGACACAAUGUCAAAAUGAAAAUGAAUUUCAAUAGGGACAGAUGUAAUGUUCUGCACUUACGAAGGAAGAAUCAGCUGCACAAAUAUAGGAUGGGGGACACCUGGCUUACUAGCAGCAUGUGCGAAAAGGAUCUAGGGGUCUUGGUGGACCACAAGCUUAACAUGAGUCAACGGUGUGAUGCAGCAGCAAAAAAGCAAAGCUAGUGCUAUUCUAGGCAGCAUCAACAGAAAUAUGGUGUCCAGAUCAAGGGAAGGAAUAGUACCACUCAAUUUUGCCUUGGUCAGACCACACUUGGAAUACUGUGUCCAGUUCUGGGCUUCACAAUUUAAGAAGGAUGUUGACAAGUUGGAACGUGUGCAGAGGAGGGCAACCAAGAUGAUCAAGGCUCUGGAAACGAAGUCUUAUGAGGAGUGCUUGAAGGAGCUGGAUAUGUUUAGCCUGGGAAAGAGGAGACUGAGAGGAGAUAGGAUAGCCAUAUUCAAAUAUCUUAAGGCCUGUCACAUGGAAGAGGGAUGCCUUGUCACAUGUUUGUUUUCUCCUGCCCUUUAGGGUAAGACUUGAGGCAAUGGCUUCAAGGUAGAAGAAAGGAGAUUCUGACUAAUCAUUCAAAAAAACUUUCUGACAGUAAGAGCUGUUCGGCAGUGGAAAGACUCGCACAAGAGGUGGUGGACUCUCCUUCCUGGGAGGUUUUUAAGCAGAGGUUGGAUGGCCAUCAGUCAUUGUGCUUUAGCUGAGAUUCCUGCAUUGCAGAGGGUUGUACUAGAUGCCCCUUGGGUACCUUCCAUCUCUCCCCUCCCCCCCCCUCACUCUCGAAAUCAGGCUGAAUUCUCAAUAAACAUGUCACCCUAAAUUGGUUGAUUUUCUCCCAGCCUUUCCCUGGUCUCCAUUGGGGGGUGCAUUUCAGGAUCUGUGAGUUUUAAGACCACCCCAACCAUCUGGUUAUUGAGAGGGGGAUUCCUUUAGGGGCCCCAUUUCCUUGCCCUCCAAUACAGAUUGGCCACCUGUGGAACCAAAUACCCCAGCUGGGCCUUAGCAGUAGGACUCCCUCCCUUAUAAAGCUCUCUGUGUUAGCAGUUAUCGAGAAAUUGAGGGUUGUGUAGCAACCUAAGAGUCCUGACCCUUGGUCCACUGUGCCUCCCUUGGCUACAGGAUUACAGUGUGUGCUACACAAAUAGGGAAGCGUAACCAGCUCAAUAUCUUACCACCUUGACUUCAAGUAGUCAUUUAGAGGUAAGCGGGAUGAAUUCAGCCAUCCCACACACGUCCAAAGUGCAGUCUUUAAGAGCACUGUUUGCCAUCCUAACCAGUUAUUCAGUGUAACAUUAACUAAGGUUAUGGGAAAUAAUUGUAUUCAUUCCCUGGUCCUGCUGAUGAUUCACAUCUAAAAUGACACUGCUUCUGAAGCUGCGUUCAUGUGAACCGACUUGCCUGAGGGUUUAUUCCAGUUUAGCAUCCUUGCUUUUGCAAGUGUUUGCAUCGCUUCAGAGUGGGGAGGGUGUAUUUCAUGCGAAAGCAGUUGCUGGAGAAGUCAUGUUUGGUUUUAAAGAGACUUGACACGUUCAAGUAAUGCGCUCUGAUUUUUACACAUGAAUGUUGUGUACGUAGCGCUUGAAGUACUUCAGAGUUGACCCUUUGAUGAUAGUCUUAGAGAUUGCCUCCCCCAGAUUUCACUUUAAGCAUUUUGUCUUUGUAUGGUCGAGAAACACCUCCAAGCAGAGCACAACGUGUGGGUCACUCUGCAGUAAGAAACCAUGGGGAAAUAACACAUGGGGCACUUGAGUUAAACUGGAGCAUUGGGGUGGCAGAUGGGCAGAAGAAAUUCGGUGAAGGAAACCAACAUGUAUAAAAUGAGUGACCUCUUUAGAUAUGCAUUUGGGAGAGUUUUUUAACAAAAAGUAUGAAAUGAGUCACAAAUCCAUUGUCAGUUGAAAUCAAAGCAGACAUAGACAAUGCAUGGCAAUUAGUUGAUAAUUGUAAAGAGAUGCAGUAAAGAGACCUAGUGGUUUGGGAAAGGAAGAGGUAUUUGAUCACUCCUUGCUUGUUCUAAUCUGUGGUUUUCUCAGUACUGAAACAGCCAGCCCUGGGCAAUGCAGAGAGACAGGAACUUGGCCCAAAUGGCAGAGAAGUUUUUACUUUCUAAUACAGUGGUACCUCGGGUUACAUACACUUCAGGUUACAGACUCCGCUAACCCAGAAAUAGUACCUCGGGUUAAGAACUUUGCUUCAGGAUGAGAACAGAAAUCAUGCUCUGGCGGCACAGCAGCAGCAGGAGGCCCCAUUAGCUAAGUGGUGCUUCAGGUUAAGAACAGUUUCAGGUUAAGAACGGACCUCUGGAACGAAUUAAGUACUUAACCCGAGGUACCACUGUACGGGGAUGGGGACCUUUGGCCCUCCAGAUGUUUCUGGGCUGCAACUCCCAUCAUUCCUGAUGACUGGCCACCUGGCUGGGAGUUGGGAGUCCAUCCAACAACAUCUGACAAGCAACAGGUUCCCCAUCCUUAGUCUAACCUAAAGGAUCAUGUGCAGCCAUGCUGCUAUGCCAUAUGCAUGAAAAUUGACAAAUAGAGGGGGACCAAUACUGUAAUGGAGAGCAUCUGACUUGUUUCACUGGCUACCAUGGUAAUUUCCCACAGCCAGGCUUCCCCUGCAUCAAAAAAUAGCCUCUUUCCCUCUCUCAUACUUCGUUUCUGCAAGGAUGAUUACUUAAUAGAAGCUAUUUAGUUUCAAUCAGGUUCAACUGACUUAUUGUGAUGAGGAAAUCUCCCCCCCCCCCUUUUGGGGGGAUAAUUCUGCAACCCAAGUUAUAAAUUCAGAACUGAUCGCAAGGUCACUUCAAAGGCAUGCUAAAUUAAUCAUCUCUUAGGAGAUAGCAAAUUGUGUGUGAGAGAGACUGUCACACUCAUUGUCCCUGCAGUCAUAAUGCACUUCCUUCCAGAUGGGUAAGUGUGUGGAAAAGUGACUGUUUUAAGAAACAUUCACCAUCUUCAUGGCUGGUAGGUCCCCUUUCAUACUUCUGUGUGUCAUUAGCAGUUAAAUGCCACCUGGAAAGCAGAGCUUCAAAACUCCCACCCCCCUUCCCUACUCUCUUGUUGUCCCCUGACCACCUGCUUUGUAUAACAUCUUGCCUGACGGAAGACUUUGCCACUACUUUUGGUGACAUUUUGGUCGGUCCUCACAAAGGCACUGCCCCAAAAUGAAUGUUGGGAGUUCUUUCUUAUGAGCUAGCAUAAGAGCCCCUGCUUUGUCUAAAAAGUGAGGAACUUUUCCUGGAGAUGGUGGGCAUCAGAAAGGAUGGCCCAUCUGGGGUAACUGCUGUCUGCUAUGACUCUGGUCUGGUUGUUAAUUAUUUACGGUAGGAGUGGGGAAACUGGUCCUCUAGAUCAGGGGUGAGGAACCUGUGGCUCUCCGGAAGCUGCUGAAUUACAACUCCCAUCAUCCCAGGCCAUUGGUUGUGCUUACUGGGGCUGAUGAGAGUCGUAGUUCUGCAACAUCCAAUGUGCCAAAGGUCCUCACUCCUGCUCUUGAUAGCGUUGGACAUAGCAGCUAUUGUGGUGUCCUCCAGAAUAAUAAUAAUAAUAAUAAUAAUAAUAAUAAUACUCCACCCAUCUGGCUGGGUUUUCCCAGCUACUCUGGGCGGCUUCCAACAAAAUAUUACAAUACACUAAUCCGUCAAACAUUAAAAGCUUCCCUGCCCCUAUGUGCACUGAGAUAGCUCAAUUGGUUUGAGCUUGGUGGUGAUAACACCAGAGUCUCAGGUUCAGGCCCCAUAUGGGACAGCUAUAUAUUCCUGAAUUGCAGGAGUUUGGACUAGAUUAGUGGUUUCCAAUCAAUGUGCUUUGGCACCCUGGGGUGCCUUGAAUGAUGGUCGGGGUGCCGCUGGCAGUACUGGCCUCUGUCCCUCUUUCCUUCCCUCCCCCUUCUGAUGCCUUGUCACGUCUCUGCCUCCCAAAGGCUUGCACAGCUGUUAGUUGCAGCAGCCCUGGCUACAAGGUCUGCAGGCAAAUGGUGCCUCUGGGGCUGAUCAGGGGGUGCUGGGUGCCAGGAGCUGAGGCGGCCUUGGAGUAAGCAAGCAAGUGGGCGAGGGAGCCCAGCCAGCCAGUCCACCAGCCCUUGCUGUUGGGAAUGGACAGACAAGUCCCAGGCCCCUGUGGGGCAGUGUGAGGAGGCACCUCUUUUGGGGGCAGGGGGGCAGCCCAGAGACUGGGGUGGCAGCAGAGGACUCCCAAGGAGAGGGGAGAGGAGGUUGAGGAAACACUCCACAAGGGAGGGUGUUUGAAAAGGAGUGAGAUGCUGCCAGCUCUGCAAGCAAGGGGUGAUGUAACUGGGUUCCUGAGCCCCACAGGGGUGCCGCAGAAAGAACAUAGUUGGUCAAGGAAGCCAUUGACUCAAAAAGGUUGAAAACCUCUGGACUAGAUGAUCCUUCCAACUUGGCAGUUCUGUUAUUCUAUCUAGCUGCUCAGCUUGAAAAGAAGAGGGUUCUGGUUGAACGUAGAGCGUGGUCAUAAUCGACCUUUCACUCAGGGUCCUUUCCUAAUAAUAAUAAUAAUAAUAAUAAUAAUAAUAAUAAUUUAUUAUUUAUACCCCCCCGCAUCUGGCUGGGCUUCCCUAGCCACUCUGGGCAGCUUCCAACAAAAUGUUAAAAUACAGUAAUGCAUCAAACAUCAAAAGCUUCCCUAAACAUCCUAGUGAUUUUUCUGAUGGAAAUUCUCUCAUCCUUUUGGGAGAAACACCUAACAACUAAAUGUCUGCGGGAGGAAAUUUCAGUCAAAGCUCCCUGUGUGAAAGAGGAUGCUCACACUCCUUCAGGUGAGGAGGGGUUUUGUUUUGUUUUUGUCAGAGAUAGCUCAGCUUGGCAUGUUAGAAUCUACCAAGGUAUUGCUAAACCAGUCAGACAGCUCUGCUGUCUCUUAAAUUACUUUUACAAGCCUGCGCCUGCGAACCAACAUGGGCAGCUGGGUGGGGAUUGGGGGGAGAACAGCACAGCUUCUCAGUGCCUCAAUGUGUCUGGAAGCUGGAUGUGGGUGAGCCAAUUAAACCGUUGAGUUCAGACAUGAGGAAGACGGCAUACUGAGCAUUCUUUCUUUAAAGCAAAAGAAGCAGCCUUGACUAGCCCCAUCCAGCUUGGGUGCUUUGCAAGCUGCGCAAACAUAAUGCAGAAGGGGGGUGGGAGGAGGAGGAACUUUGUGGGGAGGGCAAGUCACCUUUGUCCCUCUUGUCUUGAAUGCAUUUGCUGCGCCAUGUCUCAUAAGCCGAAUGGAGCAGGGUGCCUUUCUGCAGAUCCACCUACAAGUUCUGCUGGGUACAGUCCAUUUCACUUCUGAGAAGUUUGCCUUGUUGUGGAAGAGAACGCAGUUUGUUCUUGUUUAGGGAAAAAGAAAAGAAACACAACUAAAGAAAGAAGAAGCUUGCUCUCAUAAUGGAAAGGGAGAAAUGCAUACUUGCCAGAGAAAGAAGUAGAUUGAGGAACAAUAGAAAUGUUCUUGAAAUGGAUGGUUGUUACGGUGGGGGAGCAAACAGUUAUAUUUAUAUAGAUAUAUUCUUUUUUAAAGGACUAAUGUGGUUUUGUGGAUAAGCACCUGUAUUUUAACCCACAACGAAAGCAGAUUAAAACAACAACAACCAUAGGGAAGGAGGACUGGAGGGGGGGAUUGUUUUUGCCUGCUAAUAGUUAUCUAAAAUCAGCUAAGCUUAAUCAUUCUGUCUGAACUCAGCUGCUGAGUGCCAGUAGGACCGUAGCCAGAAUUAUGGAGCCAAGAAGAAACAAGAGGGGAGGAAUACACACUCUGGGGCACUCGCAAGGUUUGCAGAAGUAGGAAAAUGUUUAGGAAGAGAGAGAGAGAGCACAUGGGGUCAAAAAAUGGUGGCAGUGUGGACUGAGCAUGCUCGGUGUCCACAGAAUGCUGAGUGCUUGUUGGGGAGGGGAGGAAAACGGGGGGAGGCAGAAUGGAAUGGAGUGAAGAAUCCCAACCAAUGAAAAGCUGUAGAACAGAGAUGGCGGAUUUGUGCUCUCCCAAGUUGGACUCCCAAGUCCUGUCAACUCAACCAGCACGAUCAGCGAUCAGUAGCAAUGGGAGUAGUAGUUCCAACAACAUCUGGUCACAGGUUCCUAUGCAGUCCAAUGUCCAUUUACACGGGUUUAAGUCCUGUUAAACUUGGUGGGUCUUCCUUUGGAGUAAAACGUGUAGGAUGGCAGAGGGGGUAGAUUUUUCUUUGGAAUUGUAAAUGUAUGCCUCUUGCAAGAUUCUGUGAAUCUAAUAUUUCUCUUGACACAUGAACAUAGAGAAAUACGUGUUUUUUUAUUUAUUUUUGCUCUUACACCUCGCCUUUCUUUCAAGGACACCAAGGUGGUGUAUAUGGUUCUCCAACCCCCCAAUUCCUGGUCUUUUUAUCCUUGCAGCAACCCUGUGAGGUAGGUUCAGCUGGGGGAAAGAGUAAUGGGUAAAUCCAUCUAGCUUCAUAGCUGAGUGGUGAUCUGAAUCCAGGUUUCCCUAACUCUAUCUGACAUUCCACUGCACCGGCCGUCUUUGUUACUAUCUGUGUAACUAUUGCCCGCAUCUGCACUGUACAUUUUAAGCAGUAUUAUACCGCUUUGCAACAGUCAUGGCUUCUCCCAAAGAAUCCCAGGAAGUGGGAAUUCACCUUAAAAAGGUAAAGCAACCCCUGACCGUUAGGUCCAGUCGUGGCCGAUUCUGGGGUUGCGGCGCUCAUCUCGCUUUAUUGGCUGAGGGAGCCGGUGUACAGCUUCCGGGUCUGGCGAACCAGAGCAGCACACGGAAACACCGUUUACCUUCCCGCUGGAGUGGUACCUAUUUAUCUACUUGCACUUUGACGUGCUUUCGAACUGCUAGGUUGGCAGGAGCUGGGACUGAGCAACGGGAGCUCACCCCGUCGCAGGGAUUCGAACCGCCGAUCUUCUGAUCGGCAAGUCCUAGGCUCCGUGGUUUAACCCACAGCGCCACCUGCGUCCCUAUAUUUACACAGCUACUAUUCCCAGAGUUCCCUGGGAAGAUGAAUUGAUGCAUGUAUGUACUCUUGUACAUUAAUUAAAAAGCUUGUCUCCUUUAGAAAAUGGCAAGGGUGCUGAUAACUUUCAUUUUUAAUGCUGCAAAGUAGCUUGGAGAUGAACCUUGAAGUUAAUUCUUCUUUUCCUCUUUUAUUUUUAUUCUGUGUGUGUGUGUGAUUGAAACUGGAGAAGGGACGGCAGAAGAAGGCCCAGCUGCUUCAGAACGGGGAAGGGUCCAAGGAUUUGGACAGCUCGGCAGGCCGCAGGGGCAGCUUGAGCCGGAAGCAUGGGCGAUGGAAGAGCCGUCCAGACAACCCCGGAGUCCUAGUGGCCAAAGUGGUGAGAGCGGUUACGGGGAAGCACAAACCCGGGCGCCGGUUCCCCGUCUACUUGGACUCCUCGAGCCAAAGGAACCUGACGGAGCUCAGAGGGGAUGCUCAGCUAGCCGUCUUCCAGCACGGGGACACGGGCAGCGUGGAAGGGGCCCCCCAGCCCACAGAGAACAACUUCACUCCCAAGUGUGAGAUUGCCGGCAAGGACGCCUUGUCUGCGUUAGCCAGAGCCAGCAGCAAACAGUGCCAGCAGGAGAUAGCCAACGUGGUGUGCCUGCACCAAGCCGGGAACCUUAUGCCGCGCUCCGUACCCCGGCAGUGCCAGCUUUCAGGUGAGACCUGAAUUCACCUUUGCAGAGAGGUUGCUUCUUCGGUGCUAUGUGGUUCUCUUGUCUCAGGAUAGAGACAUUUACCCUCUGCAGGCACCAACGCAGUCGCUGAGCAGACCAUUGCCCCAUAGAUACGAUGGAAGCAGCCUCCCACUGAGUGAGAGCAUGGGUCUGUACACUUUGACUAGCAGCGGAACAAACCACAGGUCUUUCCCAACCUAGAUGCUUGGAAUCCUUUUUAGCUGGAGACAACUUGAGGCCUCCUGUGUGCAAAUCAGCUGUCUUGCCACUGCACUAUGGCCAAAGAGAGAAGUUGACAAUCCCCUUAAUUAAAUGGGGCAUGGGCCAUGUAAUUUGGGAAGGGCUGUACUAGCUCAGGAGUGGAGCAUCUGCUUUGCAUUCAGAAGGUCCCAGGUUCGAUCCCUGGCUGGUUUUUACCCAGACUUAGGUCUGAUUUGCACACAGAAAAAGAUGGUUGUGCCCUUUUUUUUUGCCUUCCUCUGUGCUGGGUUGCACAUUUAUUUCUGAUAUGUUGCAGCUGCAAGUUGGAUGACAGUAUAAAUGUGCUGCUUUAGGUUAUUCUUCCACCCUGUAUUUCUGAGAUCAGGGUAGGAAUGCAGCUUUUCUUCUGACCUCAAGGUCAUUUGGCCUCAGGAGCUUGUGCACUAGCUCCUCUUCACUCCCCCUUCCUGCUCAGAUAACCUUGAGUCCAUCUGCAACCCCUUCUGAUCUCUGCAGGGAAAGUCAGCCCCAUUAUCCAGUGGGAUGAAAGCCGAAUGCUCCACGCCUCUGUGAGCAAGCCAGUUCGGAUUGCCUACAUGCUGGUCGUUCACGGGCGAGCCAUCCGUCAGCUGAAGCGCUUCAUCAAGGCUGUGUAUCACCAGCAACAUUUCUUCUACAUCCAUGUGGAUAAGGUAAAGCAGGUGGCCUCCUGGCCUGUGCUAAUACAGCUUGGCACUAAGAGGAGAGAGGGAGGCGGGAGGAAUGGGACAAACCAAGAGUCCACAGGUCUCCUUGCUAGGUCACCUGGAGAAAUUGUGUCUUGCCCUCUGCACAACACUCCCUGCUGUACAGCCCAGAGACUGCCACCCCUUCCCCUGAGUUCUCUCUGGGCACUGUGAAAGAUUCUCUCCCUUGUCUUAUCUCUGGCUGUACUGAUAGGAAGAUGUGUCACUCCUGCCUUCAUUGAAGCGUGUUGCCAAAAAAAGGGGGCAGGGUAUUUAUGUACGCCACUAAUGCGGCCUGUGUUUUGUUAGCCCCAAAAUGGAAAAGGAGUGAGGUCCCAACUAAAGAAGAAUGGCAACUUAAGCUGAUGGAAUAUGUGCAGCUUGCAGACUUAACAAAUAGAAUAAGAGAACAAGAAGAACAUAUGUUUAGAGAAGAUUGAAAAAUGGUUUAUUGAAUGUAUGGGGGGAGAUUGUGUACACUUGAAAACAUUGGCAGCAUUAAGAUAAAUUCAACAGUGUAAAUAAGUUUUGAUGGAUGUAAUAAUGGAAUACUGAAUGUUUUGGUUUAUGUAAAAUAUGCAGGGACUUACGAUAUGCAAAAUGAACCAUGGAAAGAGAAGAAGGGAAGUCAUUGAUAUUUUAAGGAUGUUUAAAUGAGUAUUCUAAAUUGUAAAACAGAAAAUUUAAAUUUGUGUGUGUGUGUGUGUGUGUGUGUAGAUAGAUAGAUAGAUAGAUAGAUAGAUAGUCCAUUGCAAGAUCCCUUCCCUUAGGUCCCCUGGCACAAACAAAGGGAAAUGUUAGAGGUGUGUGCAAUCAUAAAGGAGCAGAAAUCUUGCAAAUGAAAGCAGACACCGUCACGUUUCUUCCAAGGUCCUCCCAGAAUAGCAAGGUGCACUACUACACAUUUUUCAAAGAGCUCCUUCUAGGAAGGAAGGAAUGGACCAAAUGAAGCAAUGCUCCUCCCCCUGGGACUCAAACUUGGUUCUGUCCCCUUUCAGCGCUCCACCUACCUGCACCGCGAAGUGGUGGAGUUGGCCCAGCACUAUCCCAACAUCCGGGUCACCCCUUGGCGCAUGGUCACUAUCUGGGGUGGCGCCAGCUUGCUGAAGAUGUACCUGCGCAGCAUGAAAGACUUGCUGGAGAUGGCAGACUGGGCCUGGGACUACUUCAUCAACUUGAGUGCCACAGACUACCCUACCAGGUUUGUUGUGGGGAGAGCGGGCGUGGGAGGAAGCAGAACAGGGAAUUACCUGCAAGGUCAGCUGAGGCUUUGACUACUCAAACACCAUGGCUUAGAGUUGGAGGCUCCUCACCUUCUAUAGCCUCACCUGAGCAGUUGGUGGGAGAGAGUUUGCAUGUUGGAAAAUGGGAAAGAAGGCAAGCAGGAUGCCACAUCUUGAGGGAGGCAGGACAAGGAAACACCCUUUUAAUAAAUUAGGGAGACUGAGUGAAGGAGACCCAGUAAUGGGAAUAGAGUAGGGUUUGGCUAGGAUGCAGGGCAAUUAACCCAGAUUUUCAGAUCUUGGCUGCUUCUGAAGGUUUCUGAAACAAAAUCACUUCUCUGAGUGUUGGAGGCAUGAAUUAUUGUGUUUGUGCAAAACAACUGUUGACUUUAAAUGAGACACUGAGAACAGUGGAACUGCCAUACUAUUCAGGGCCAGGAAUAUAGGGAGCUGCUUUGUGCAGUGGUACCUCCGGUUGCAGGCGGGAUCCGUUCCAGAGCUCCGGUCGGAUCUUAAGGUGUGCGUAUCUGGAGGUGCCACUUCUGUGCAUUUGCGCAGUGCGGUUUAGCGCUUCUGCACAUGCGCACGGUUCGUAGAGCACUUCUGUGCAUGUGUGCACGGCGAAACCCAGAAAAAUACUUCCGGGUUUGCCGCAUACGUAUGCCGAAGGAUCCGUAACCGGAGGUGAACGUAAGUAGAGGUACCACUGUACUGACUAUUGGUCCAUUUAGUUCAGUAUUAUCUACAUCUACUGGCAACGGCUCCCCAGGAUUAUAGGUGGGAUCUCUACCUGCCUUGCCUGGAGAUUCUAAGGAUUGAACCUGAGACCUUCUGGUCCAGGGUCCCUCAGCUGCAGCGCCUAGCCUGUCUGGAAACAGUUUGUACCAGAUUAAGAGGGAAUAUACGUGGAGCGAAAAAAUAAAAAUUGGUGUAGGACCCCCUGCUGUCAUUUUUAUACCAAGCGUUUGUUACUUGGCAUAUCUGGGUCUCUUGGGUUCGAGGCAGCAGCCCUUGCAAACUUGUUAUGAUUAACUUCUGCAACAAACUUGCGGGAAAGUGCUCCCCUUUGCAAUUCUUUUUAUGAUGGAGGAGAGAGAGUCCGUUAGUUCUUUUAACAAUUCCGAAUGUUAUUUCCCCUAUACUUGGUUUAGACAGUGGCUGACCACAAAUAAUAACUCGGUUUUUUGCUUUUGCAUUAGGCCGCAUUGGAGUUUCUGCUCUUCAAAGAAUACCUUGAGAGCUUAAAAGCUGCCACUUUUUUAUCCAUUAACAAAGAGCCUGACAAGUCUCAAACUGCCCUGAUCCUUUACUCUUAAACAUUGCACCACUGAAGUGUAUGGGCUUCACCAGUUAGUUCUUUCCUCUUUUGCCCAGGCAGAUUCAUAUUACUAGACAAAGGCUUUCCAAAAGACACUGGAUGGCUUCAUCACUAAAACAUAAGCGCUGCAUUCUCUCUUCUUGCAGAAGCUGCGUCGUAUUUCCUGUCCUGCUGUUCUCUUUUUGAAAAUUCAUAUACAUCAUAGAAUUAUAGAGUUGAAAGGGAACCUAAGGGGGGUGGGAUGAGUGCAGGGCUUUCUCCAUGAGGGGAACUUGGUAAAACAGGGAUUUCGAUAAUGUGGGAAGAAGCCGGACAUAUAUUGUUGUGUGCAGGCUCUCUUCAGACAGAUGCAGAUAGGUUGGGGCAGCACUUGCCUCCAUGAUUUCCCCUCCCCACUUCAUCGUACUGUAAUUGACUUAUCUGAAAAGCCCUCUAGUCUUGCCACUGAACCCCUGCUUUGGUUGUUUUAAUUCUUCCUUUGAAUUGCUGCCACCUGCAGGACCAACGAGGAGCUGGUGACAUUCCUGUCGAAACACCGAGACAAGAAUUUCCUGAAGUCUCAUGGCCGAGAUAAUGCCAGGUAAUUCCCUCGAUUGAGAGACAGCAUGGGGAGGAAGUUAAAAAUGAACCAUGAACGGGGUGGAGGUGGUGGUGAGAAUGGGGGUUUGCCCAAAGGUUUGGAAAAGUUAAAGGAAUCUUUAUUGGGCCUUCUGCUGGAACAAAACUGUGCGUUCACCUUGUUCCUGAUCGCUGUCCUCCCACUGCUCCUAUCACAACUCUAGCUGCAACCCAAAACAACGGAAAUCCAUUACAGUGCAAAGGUUGUAGAUAAGAUGUUUCUGCUGUAAGUGAAUAAUCUGAAAACUUCUCAUAGUCUUCUCCUCAGUUUAUCUUUGUGUGGGUUUUUUUGGCAACUCUGCUGCCAGUUUCAUUUGCUGCUCCCUGACUGCUGCCUAAGAGGCUCCUCCUAUACCUUGAAGGGAAAGUGUUGGCAGAAUCAUGGCAGCUGUGGAAGCCUCUUUCCUGAACAGGAGUGACUGUUCUGCAACUUUCCGGCUGUUGAACUCCAGCUCCCAGCAGCCCCAGCCAGCAUUAUUAUUAUUGUUGUUGUUGUUACUCAUUUAAUUUCUAUACCGCUGUAUAUUUUUAAAGAAAAAGCCUCAAAGCGGCUUGCAACACAUUAAAACAGCAAAUAAAACAAUCCAGAAGAAAACAUUGCUGAAGAAAGUCAAAUACAGUCAUUCCUCGGAAGUUGAACAGCAUCCAUCCCGGAAGUCUGUUUGACUUCCAAAACGUUCGGAAACCAAAGCGCGUUUUCGGAUUGGCUGCAUGAUUCUCCUGCAGCCAAUUAGAAGCCCCGUUGGACGUUCGGCUUCCAAAAAUAGUUCGCAAACCGGAACACGCACUUCCGGGUUUGCGGCAUUCAGGAGCCAAAACGCCCAAGAACUAAGCUGUUUGAAAACCAAGGUACGGCUGUAUAAAGUAUACAUUCCAAGCAAUGUAUUUUAACAGGAAACUACAUUACUGUAGUAAAAGAUUUCAGAAUAAAACAUGGCAAAGAAAGUCAACUACAGAAUGCGCAUUUAAUGCAGCAAAGUAAACAACAACAAAAUCUUAAAACAUUUCCAAAGAAAGCUUUACUAAAAGAAGUCAAAUAUUAAAAUGCGCAUUAAAAACAGCAUAACUGAGAAUGGAAUAAAAUAUAAGCAUAGGGCAUAUCUGCUGCCGUUGCUGCUAGUCCUGCCAAUGGCGGUUCAUGGUGGGUGGAAGCUCAGGCUCAGUGGCUUGUGUUUGCACUAAGAGGUAGGCCAGAGCUUGAGCAAGGGUCAAGGGAGGCUGGAGUUGUAGUCCCAGGAACCAAGUUCCCCACCAAUGAUCUAGUACAGUGGUUUUCAACCAGUGUGCCAAGGCACCCUGGGGUGCCUUGAAUGGUGGUCAGAGGUGCCACAAGCAACACCGGCCUCUGUCCCUCUCUCCUUCCCUCCCUCCUCUGAUGCCCUCUCACGUUUCUGCCUCCCAAAGGCUUGCAUAGCUGUUUGUUGCGGCAGCCCUGGCUACAAGCUCUCCAAGCGAAUAGUGCCUCUGGGGCUGGCCAUGGGGUGCUUCCCAGACCGCUGUGGGGCAGUGUGAGGAGGCACCUCUCUUUGGGGCAGGGGGGCAGCUCAGAGACCAGGGGCAGCUGCCCAGAGGACUCCCAAGGAGAGGGAAGAAGAGAAGAACACUCCACAAGGGAGGGUGUUCGAAAAAGGGUAAAGAGCUGCUGGUUCUGCAGGCAAGGGGUUAUGUAACUGGGGUCCACAGGGGUGCCGCAGAAAGUACGUAGUUGGUCAAGGGAGCCAUGGAUCCCAAAAGGUUGAAAACCUCUGAUAUAGUAGAUGACCAGAGCCAGGCUGAUGUCUCUGCAGAAAACCAGAGAGGCUGUUACUUCAUGAAAAGUGCUUUUAGUGAUGAAUUAAGCAAAGCAAAUGUAAUUAUGCAGAAUGUUUGGCGUUUCCUGGCUGUGGAACCCAGAGUUAAGAGUAUAGCAUUCUACAGAACCCUUCUUGCUCUGAUCUUAAUGCAGAAAACUCCACGUUGCUUUCUAGUGAAUCUGAGGCAUUCAUCCCUGCACAGGUUCAUCAAGAAGCAGGGCCUAGACAGACUUUUCCACGAAUGCGACUCUCACAUGUGGCGGCUGGGCGAACGGCAGAUCCCAGAGGGCAUCGUGGUGGACGGCGGCUCGGAUUGGUUCGCCCUCACUCGAAGCUUUGUGGAAUACGUGGUCUAUACCAAUGACCGGCUGGUCUCCCAGCUACGGCAGUUCUACACCUACACGCUUCUCCCAGCAGAGGUGAGUUGGCUGGCAUCUCCGAUUUUGUUGCUCCCCAGUUAGUUUGGCGUUGAGCGGGUUGCCACAUUGCUCACUGUGGUUCUUCUUCCUCCUUCCUUCCCUCUUCUCUCUCUCUCUCUGUUUACAGUCCUUCUUCCAUACUGUCCUGGAGAACAGCCACGCCUGUGAGACCCUUGUAGACAACAACCUCCGGGUGACAAACUGGAACCGCAAGCUGGGCUGCAAAUGCCAGUAUAAACACAUAGUGGACUGGUGCGGCUGCUCCCCGAAUGACUUCAAGCCACAGGACUUCCUGCGGCUACAGGUGCCCCAAGCGUUCCCCCGUUUCUCCCUCCCCCUCUCUCUUUCACUCUUCCGCAAUUAGGUUUCACUCCUGCUCUCAAGAGUUGAUUUGUCUCCCCUAUUCCUCUUCUGCAGUAAUCAAAGUAACUCAGCUUCUCUCCCAUCCAUGGGCUUCAUUGUACUGGUUGCUCUGAAUUAGUACUUCUAAAGUGGUGCUGCUUACUGCCACUGUUGUAUCUAGAGUGCUUGUAGCAGCAGUGGGGAGAGACAUCCAGCCUGCGGUCCUAAUUUGGAUUUGGAGUUUGGAUUUGAUAUCCUGCUUUAUCACUACCCUAAGGAGUCUCAAAACAGCUAACAAUCUCCUUUCCCUUCCUCCCUCACAACACUCUGUGAGGUGAGUGAGGCUGAGAGACUUCAGAGAAGUGGGACUAGCCCAAGGUCACCCAGCAGCUGCAUGUGGGGGAGCAGAGACGCGAACCCGGUUCACCAGAUUACAAGUCUAUCACUUUUAACCAGUACACCACACUGGCUCUCAUAUAUAAGCUAGGUGCCAAAUGGCUCCUUUAACCAAGGUUACAGUCGCCAAAACAGAAUGCCGAGUUGCCAUUUUUCAAUAUGACUUUUUGGUUCCUAAAAUUCAUUCUGACUGUGCAGAUAAAAUAUAAUGGAUAAAAUUCUGCAGGAUCUGUUUCUAGUGUGUGAAAACAAUCCAAGAUCCAAGGAACCUAAGGUAUUCACCUCCAGAUGAUGGACACCCCAGGUGCUGUCCUGGCACCCAGGCAUCUUCACUUGGUCGGAAUUGACCAAUAGCCAGGUGCAAAAUGCGCCUGGCUAAUUUCAAAUGCUGCAUGCGAGCCCCUUUCUACCACCCCUUUUUGCCUCUGGCCCUGCCUACCAUUGGAAUGCAAUCUCUGGAGCCAAGACUGACAGCGAGUGGUGAAGAGAGCAUCUAAUUGCAAUGGGAAGGUGAAACUUUGGGUGGCUUGGUUUUUUAAAAGUGAAAAAGGAAAGGGGCUGAAUUGUGGAGGGUUGCUGAAGCACGUGGCAGAUGGGCAUUUAGAGAGAGAGGUGGGGGUGGGGAAGGAAACAUUGGGAGUGACAGAAAGUGAGCUUGAGGGGAAUGAAGGGCAUGUGCAGGCAGGUGGAGAGUUUUCAUGCUGAGCACUUGAACCUUGUAAUUGGCAUGAAGUAUGAGAGGAAGAUAGUGCAGGGGCACAAGGAGAAGGGGGUGGCACAGAAUUUAAAUGUGAGAGUAGAUUACACAAGUUCAGAGGCCUUGACCAGCAUCCAACAUCAGAGCCAGAAUUAAUCUCUGGUGAGCUUACCGUAACACGAUGCUCCUGUUGAGUGUCUCAAAAACAGACCCCGCAAGUUUGGCUCCCUUCUGAUGGGCCUGUUCAGAGCCUAUGAGCCAAACUGGUGCAGCAGCAGCGACCUGAAUAAGCAAAGUGAAAGGUGAGGUCGUAGGGUUAACAGUGGCUUCAGAGUUGUGCCUCCUGGCUGAAAAUGUUAUUUCAAGUCAGUUUCUAUAGCUGUUUUACAAGGACUGCUUUCCAGUAGGACCCUGGCACUUGCGGUCUUUGCGGUUAACGGGUUCAAGCGGGAGUUAGGACCUCGUGGGUGUACCUACUGACCUAAAUCUCUGAAGGCUCAGAUCCAGAUGCAGUCUUGGGUCGUGCAGCAACAGCAACACGUUGAGGACUGACUCCCCACCACCUCUUUAAAAGAGCUGCUUCUGCUCUUAGCUAUUUUGCCCAAUCACCACCUCUUCAAAAAAAAAGACAGGAUUCUGCAACCAGGCAGGGUUCCUAGAAACCCAAAUUGUAUCAGCGAUAGGGUACAGGUGUAUGCAUUUUGUAUUCACUUCCACCUUUCACAUGGAAUCUUUGUGUGUGGGUCAAGUAAAGGAGAUUUAUUUGGUUAGAUUUCCUCCGCUUCUCCCCCCAGCCCCCCAUGUCCUCUCCUCGUAGUCUUAUUUCUAGCAUGUUUCUUUUCUGCACAUUGCAGAUUUGAGCCUGAAUCAUGUUGUAAAACACACACCCUCCUCCUCCCAACGUCUGUGUGUCUUUUCAGCAAAUCUCCAGACCCACCUUCUUUGCCAGGAAGUUCGAAUCCACGAUCAACCAGGAGGUGCUGGAGAUCUUGGACUCGCAUCUCUACGGUAACUACCCACCUAACACACCAGCCCUCAAGGCCUAUUGGGAGAGUGUCUAUGACCGCGUGGAUGGGCUGAGUGGGCUCAGCGACGUCACCCUGACUGUGUACACAUCCUUCUCCAGGCUGGGGCUGCGGAAAGUGACAUCUGCGCAGGCACAGAAAGAGGAGAAGCUUUGCAGGUAAUUCGGGCUGAUUGACUGAUGAUGAUAAUAGUAGUAGUAGUAGCAGGGAGUUACAUUCUGUGGCCAGUUAGGAGAGCUUUUGUCUGCAGACUCCUGGGCCGCCUUCUUCUUGGCUUGACUCUCUGCUCCCACAGCAGCGUGUGGCACUCUGCGCCUUUGGAGAUGGGCCGAACGUCAACAGCAAUAUGCCUCUGAAGGCCAGUUGUUUGGAAUUGCAAGUGGGGAGUGUGCCUGCUUGGGAUAGAGUCACUAUAAGAACAGGUUGCUGGACUAGAUAGCAGGAGCAAGCAGGAAACCUGAAGGUUCAAGCCCUGGUAUCUCCUUUCAAAAGGUCCUCAGGGUAGUAUUGUCAGUUUGCAUUUACAGAAAGUAUUGAUCCAAUGUGCAGAGAUAUUUCCUAUUCUACUUAAUUCAAGAGGGUUCUGGAAGCUUCUCUGUGUGAAAGAAGCAAGCAGAAGGUUCCUGGUGUUUGGGUUAUACCUUCAGAUAAGCUGAGUACAGCUGGCUUAAACUGGUUCUGUUAUCUCUUCUGUCAAGGUCAUGCUGACUAUAAUAGGAGGCCAGAAGGAGCCCGAGUUCCACUCUUCUUCUCUUUCUAUCUCUUUUCCUUCUGGUGUGGUGUUCUGUAUGCUUAGUGUUAAGGUUUAGAUUUACUGUAAGUUUAAUUUAAGUCUGCUGCAACUGGAUUUCUUAUGGACAGUGCCAAUCCUGAAUGUAUUGUAUUUAUAACCAUUAUGCUCAUUUGCCUUCAGUAGCAGUAAAGCUCUGCUGCAUGAAAUAUAAUUGCCUCUGGUCUAUUUUGGAGGGAAUCCUGCAACGUGUUUUAAGUUUUACUCUGCUAACUAUACAUUGGAAUCUACUCUGGAUCAAUAUUGAGUAGAAUUCCAUGACAAGUAUGACUGGAGAAGGGCAGUGAAAAUAGACAGUACUGAGUUAGACAGAUCAUAUGUUUUAUAUGGCAGUGGGUGUCCAGGGAAAUGAGAGGCACAAGGGGACAGGUAAGGUCUCAUCAGCUGAUGGCCUGCAGGAAAAUGGGAUCAGUCUGAUAGUUCUCCUGGAUUAAAAGGUGUAGGACUAGUGUCUGUGUCUUCCGACUCUGAGAAGUUACUAUGGCUGUUUUGAGAGCCAGGGGAGCAGACGGGUUAAGAAACAGAAUUACAAAUCAGGAAGUGUGUACCAAAUGGGGAAGCAGUGUUGUCCAAAUUAGGCCUGCAGACUUGGAGGUUUGCCACUUUACCUCGAAAUGCAAAUGUUAACUUGCUCUUCUUUGCUUCCUCUCUCUAGGUUUGAGCCACAGGGCUUCCCGUCCAGUGUGCACCUGUACUUCUACGAUGACCAUUUCCAGGGCUACUUGGUGACUCAGGAAGUACAAAACCCUGCGUCGCAGCAGGUGGAGUCUCUGGAAAUGUGGGUGAUGCCCCGAGGGACUCUCAAGCUAGCAGGCCGCAGCAGGCAGGCCAACCGUCUGCAGAACCUUGAGGUAGGCUUCCUGCUUCCUGUUGGUGGUCCUUCCUGGCUCAAAACUGUCAACUUGAAGAUGGGGAGAUACAAAAAAGAAGUUAGUUUCUGUCUCGGCAACAUUCCAGUCUUAAAAAAGAAGGGUAGGCCGAGACCAUGGGUGGGUUGAUUCUGCUGAGUAAGCGCCAGAGUGCACUGUAGCCUCAGGGUUUGCAGCAGCUUCAGGUCGUUCAUUAUAGGGGAAGUCCUUUCUUCAAAAGGUAGCAGCCUCGUCCAGUAAUUUCCCAACAGUCAACUUCCAUUGGAUGCCCUUGAGUUCUAGUAUUAUAAGAGAGAAAGGAAAAACUUUACUCUGUCUGCUUUCUCUACACCCUGUAUAAUUUUAUACACCUUUAAUAUAUACAGAGGUUCAACUGCAACAGUCGGACUUCUAAAAAGUCAUAGAUAGGAAAGGCAGCUUAAUCAAAUCAGCACAAGAGGUGAUAAUAAGAUGGGCUGCCCCUCUCAUCCUCCAGGUCCCUCCCUCAUCUUCCUUCCUCACAGGAAGCAACAGUCAGUCACGCUAAUUUCUUCUGUGAGUGUCUUUCUGCUGCAGUUGUGCAGAUGGAUAAAAGCGGCACACAGAAAAUGCUUUGAAAAAAUUAAUGUUAUACACACACACACACACACACCCCCUCUUCUCAGAACAACAGCAACAACAAAAGACACAAAUAUUGUAAGCUUUCCUCAUAGGGAAGCUCUUGCACCCCUUUGAUUGUUUUGGUUGCCCAUUUCUGGAAAAUAUUCCGGUGUCUUUUGGUCUUUUGUAAACUUCUUAGUACAGCCAUACCUUGGGUUACAGGUGCUUCAGGUUGCGUUUUUUCAGGUUACGGACCCUCCGAAACCCAGAAGUACUGGAAUGGGUUACUUCCGGGUUUCGGCGGACGCGCAUGUGCAGAGGCGCUAAAUCGCACUUUGUGCAUGCACAGAAGCACCGAAUUGCAACCCGUGCGUGCGCAGUUGCGCUGCUGCGGGUUGCGAAUGCUGCGGGUUGCAAAAGUGCAUCCUGCACGGAUCACGUUCACAACCUGAACGUCUACUGUACAACCAUUGUUGGCCCAAGCCCUCGCUUUGGGGCAGGUUCUAAGUGUUAUAUCUGGCUGUUGGAGAGUCUACCAUAGCAUGAUGAAAAACGAGUUUAUUAAUUAUCCCAUAGUGUGUGUGUGUGGUGUUUCCCAUUCUGAGUGUUCCUCUCCUUCCCUCCCGCAGGUAGGUACCGAGUGGGACCCAAAAGAGAGGAUCUUCCGCAAUUUUGGUGGCUUGAUUGGACCUUUUGAUGAGCCGGUGGCCAUGCAGAAAUGGGCCCGGGGCCCCAACCUCACAGCCACCGUCGUUUGGAUUGACCCCACCUAUGUCAUUGCCACCUCCUACGACAUUGCAGUGGACACAGAGGCAGAAUUCACGCAGUACAAGCCUCCCCUCAACCGGCCUCUUCGCCCAGGUGUGUGGACCAUCCGACUCCUCCAGUUCUGGGAGCCCCUGGGUGAGAGCCAGUUCCUGGUUGUCCCACAGACCUUCAACCGCAAGCAGCCUCUCAGGAAAGGUGAGGGGGGGAGCUAGGGGGGGGGGAGGGAACUGUUGCUUUGCAGUUCCCAAACAAAAGCAUACACUCCAGCCCAUGCUAGCUUUGUGCUGAGUGUCCCUGUGUGAUACUCCUGUUUCUAAAUCCACGCUUGUCUCGUUCACGCAUUGCAUUUGUGGCAGUGCACAAAAAACAUAAUAUUCGAGUAGGCCGUCAGAAGUCGGUUUUGACUUCACGGUUCUUUUCUUCGGGCCCGUCUGUAGUUGCGCUCUCCGUGUCCUCUUGAGGUGGUUCUCAAGCAGCCUUCUCACAUUUAUACUUGUGUUUUUAAAUCUCUGCGGCACGGGGUAAUAUGCACUGCACAAACCUGAACCUGGUCAAAGGGUUCCGCAGUGCAGUCCUAAAGCACAUUUAUUUGAAAGUCUUUUGAGGAAACGUACUCCCAAGUAAGCAUUAAUAGGAUUGCAGCCCUAGAAUUUCAGUGAAGGGGUGACACGUGACAGUGGCAAGAACAGCCAGGGGUACCUCCCACCACCCAAAAGUCAUUGCGCGUGGUACCUCUAAACAUGCACAGUUUGGUUUUAGGGGAAUGUUAGUAGAGCCUGUGAUGUACAGCUUGGCCCCCUAAAAGCCAAUGAACUGAGGUGGUGGUCCAGACAUGAGGUAUACAGCGUAUCUUAACAGCUUAUGCACACUCUGGCACCUCUCUCAUCCCUUCAUUUUUGCUGCAUGUGCCUCUGUGGAAUUACUUGCACAGCCUGAGCCUACCCAUGCUGCAUGCUGCUUUUUGAGUGAGCUUGCACAGGGUUUUAUUGAAAAGUGUGUAUGUGGAACAAAGGGAGAAGGAAGUCAGGGCCUUCUUUUGUAUUUUAAGCAAGCAACUCAGCACCCCCAGGAUUUCAGGAAAUCAGCUCUCUGUUAUCCACCACAAUUGCUGGCUGGGGAGUCGGGGAGGGGGUAAACAAUUUGGGGGAAAGGAAGAGGCUGCCAGGGAACGUUCUCUCUCAGCGCAACACGCUGAGGCGAGUAGCGAAAACGUGGGAGGCUGGUGGAAGGGUAGAGCAGCAGGCACUGGAGGAAGGGAAUUGUUGAGGCAAAAGGAGGGGGGGAGAACCCAUGGAUCCCAUUGUGCUCCUUGUCAAGAGGGGGGAAAGGAAGCCACUUGAGUCGGGAGAGUGAGCAGUUAGACUGUGUGCAAGUGGCAGUGGCUAUAGCAACACAGGAGCUUUCUUAAGCAAGGAAACAUGCACACAAAACUUGGCUCAGCUGGAGGUGAGCUGAGCCCUUCCUUCCCUCUCCACCAGCAGAGGGAGACAAGGCAGGCAAGCCGGUUCGCCCACCACCUGACUGCUGGUCUGAGGGACCAGGCAAAGUGUAGGGCAGCUGCCACUGCUACUGUCCCACCCAAGAUACAAUGCAACCCCUGCCCGCGGCGGUUGGCAGACCAACCUUCUGUUUGUUGCAACUGCAACAAGUAAGGCAGGCCAGCUUCCUGUAAGAAGUGAUGGCGUUGCACUGCUUCUGUGCUCAGCUUCAAGGCAGCUUUGGUUGCUUCUGCCUUGCCAUCGGCAUUGCUGCUUCACCGUUCUUCCUGACUCCUUCCUGUCCAAUUAGAAGACAGAAAGAAAGUGAAGCAGUUCAGUGGAGGCAAAUGAGGGAGGGAGGGGCAAUGCAACUUAAUGCUGAUUUUCUUUCCUUGCUUUUCCUGGCCUUGGUGGCCUGCCCCACCUAGAGACAGGCUAUACAGUGGUACCUCGGGUUAAGUACUUAAUUCGUUCCAGAGGUCCAUUCUUAACCUGAAACUGUUCUUAACCUGAAGCACCACUUUAGCUAAUGGGGUGUCCUGCUGCACCGCGCCGCUGGAGCAUGAUUUCUGUUCUCAACCUGAAGCAAAGUUCUUAACCCGAGGUACUAUCUCUGGGUUAGCAGAGUCUGUAACCUGAAGCGUAUGUAACCUGAAGCAUAUGUAACCCGAGGUACCACUGUAUCUUGCCCAGGGGUCAGAAGACUAGCCCCUCAGUGCCAUAAUCCAGUUCGGUUAGGGAGAAAGCGGUCAGCAGUCUGCCAGCUAAGGCAAGCAGCACAGUUUGCUUUUCCUCAAUAAGGAGCCGGCAAGAGCAGUAACCGAACAUCAGUGAUGGCCGGUGCUGUGGUUCACUGGGUGGCUGCCAAGUUGUGGGGAAAGGCGUCCCCGACUUUACCUUUCUUUUCCAGGAGGUAGCCGGGGGCGGCAGGCUCCCCACAGAGAGCACCAUGCAGGUACCUAGCUGCUAAAUGGGUGGCCCUCCUAGUUGCCAGUGGCAUGAGGGACAAGCAUCUGUUCUGCACCUGUGAGCAGUGACCACCUCUCUCUGGCUGCUCCCACCUAAAGUCAUGCUGUGAGCACCUGCAGCACUGCCUAGCUCAGGCAUAGGCAAACUUGGCCCUCCAGAUGUUUUGGGACUACAAAUCCCAUCAUUCCUAGCUAACAGGACCAGUGGUCAGGGAUGAUGGGAGUUGUAGCCCCAAGACAUCUGGAGGGACAAGUUUGCCUGUGCCUGGCCUAGCUACCUGCCUCACUGCCCACCAGUGUUGAGGAUGCGGAAUGGAUCUGAAAUAUGGCAGGCCCCCUUUUUUAUUGACUUUCUGCUGGCUUCUGAAGAGGCUCCAGUUUAGCAUUCCCUUGAUCUCUUGACCCAAGACUCCUGUUUUUAAGCACUGUGCUAUUUCAAUGGGAUCGUUUAAUUUUGGGUGUUUGUACUUUAAUAACCGUGCAAUUGUUUUUAAACUAGGAAACUGCUCAGAAACAUGUUUUGGCGUUAACGCUGUAUGUAAAUCAAUGCAGUAAUAGUAAUUAAUCAGGCCAGGUGGUAUCCAGGGCUAGUCCUAGUUGGUGGUGGAGGUGGGGAAAUCCACUGAAGUUAAUGGAUGUGACUAACUUGGUUCAUUAGUUUCAGUGUGCAUCUACUCCUGAGUAGGACCAGCACUGGAUUCCCUAAAAUAAAAAAACAAUGAUAAUAAAUUACAGUGGUACCUCUGGUUACGUACUUAAUUCGUUCUGGAGGUCCGUUCUUAACCUGAAACUGUUCUUAACCUGAAGCACCACUGUAGCUAAUGGGGCUUCCCGCUGCUGCCGCGCCGCUGGAGCACAAUCUCUGUUCUCAUCCUGAAGCAAAGUUCUUAACCCAAGGUACUAUUUCUGGGUUAGCGGGGUCUGUAACCUGAAGUGUCUGUAACCUGAAGUGUAUGUAACCCGAGGUACCACUGUAAUGUAUUAUUAUGAGCCUAGAGCAGGUAUGGGGAACCUUUUGCCCUCCAGAUGUUGCUUAACCAAAAGUCCCAUCAUCGUUGGCCGUUGAUCAUGCUGGAGCAACACCUGGUUCCCCACACCUGGCCUAGAGAAAAGGUUAGCCAAAGCCUGCUUCGUUGGAGGGAUUUGCGGCGCACGUGGGCCUGUGUGUGCCCCCAGCUAACUGCCUUUCCCUGUUUUGUUCCGUCCCAGAUGACGGCAAGUGGCUUCACGCUGGUCCUCCUCGAAAUGAGUACAUGGAGCAGAACUUCCAGGGCCUGGCUGGCAUCUUGAGCCUCCCCCGCUUGGACGAAACAGGACGAGCCUCCCACCGGCACACGCAGCUCAUUGGCAAGGCUCUUGAGAACUGGACGGACAGCAGCAUCGGCAGCUUCUGGUCGGUGGCUGCCCUCUGCGUGGCGAGCCCCUCCAGCUGCUCCACCCUGGAGCUCUGUAGCAAAACCUCCUGGAGCUCGCUCUCCCCGGACCCCAAGUCAGAACUGGGGGCCAUCAAGCCCGACGGGCGGCUGAGGUAGCAGGGGCCGCCGGCAGCACAUUGUUGGGAUCAAGGAAGCAUCCCCUCGUGGCAGGGUGUGGGGCUGGGCGCACAGGACCCCUCCUCUCCGCAGGGCAAACGCUCGAGACUUCGUCAUCCUGUGAAAAUGUACCAUCCUCCCGUGAACGGGAUCUUCUCCAGCAGAGCAGGAAACUCUUAUUGGCUGUCGGCAGCGCAAAGGUGGUGUGGAGGCAGAGGCCCCGCCCACCCGUUCUCAGGAUUGGCUGGAGAGAUGGUGAAGCGGAUAGGGGAGGGGCUACCUGUAUUUACACGAGUCCCGAGCAUUGGAAGCUCUCUCUAGUCUGGCAGGUGAGCUCUCAGCUUCCUGGCUGCAGCGCACCUGAACCGGCGUGCCCUCCUCACCUCUGGGUGAUGCUCUGCAAGAUCCAGGACUCUUUGUUCCCAAAUGGUUGCUGGCAGAGGAUUCUGGGAAAUGGCCAGAUGGGGGUAGAUGGGGGAAUGCAGGCAACCAGGCCGUCACUUUAACCGGGUCUGUGUCCUCUGAGCAGCUGUGCCUGGCUUGGCAGACCUGUUUCUCAUCUCCCAAACCCAUCCUUUUAGUUCUUAUUUUUUUACAAAUGUGUUAUGUAUAUAUGAGACAAAAGUGCAAUAGCGACGGCGGUCAUCCUGCCCCUCUGCCUCUAGAGGUGGGGUGGGGAGCAUUUCAGUGUUCCCAUUGUCUUCUUCUUACACUGUAACAUGAUUUUGGUCCUCCUUGCUGAUUCCGGUAGGGGUGGGGAGAGGGUGGAACAUUUGUGUUUCCCUCCUAGCAGUGCUAGGAGCUUAGAUCUUGCUGCUGACGUUGGAGAGAGCUUCUCUCUUUUUAUUUUUUUAUUUUUAUUUUUUUGCAGCUCAGAGCUGCCUACCCUCCCGGUUGGAAGCAAGGAAGGGAUUUGUCCCCUCUGGCAGCUGUGCCAAGGCUCCCCCUUAAUGGAGCUGCCCACUGUGCCAAACCUCCACCACCUGCCAGUCCCCCUUGUACAGUGCCUCAUUCUCAAGCCUCGCCAUCUACCUUGCCUAUUCCCCUUCUCCCUUUGGCUUGAAAUCUGGCUGUGUUUUGCGUCUUGGUGGCACAUUGCAGACCUGUUCCAUCCAAAGGGCCUUAUUAAGCCAGGUUUAUUAAGGUUUAUUAUUAAGUCAAGGUUGUCUUGACGUCUGAUGCAAGGCAGGAAAUCCCUUCAUUUGUUUUCCGAAUGAAUUUUCUUGUCCCUGGAUAUUUGUUACCCCUGGUACCACUGCCAGAAUGGAUAGUCAACUCUGACCUACUUCUUCCCCCCAGUGUGUCAACUGUUCAAUGUGGAUUUCCUUUCCUUUUUUUUUUAACAUUGUCAAAUCAGGCAGCAUCAUUUGUGACCUUACACGCACCACACACACACACACACACACACACACACACCACCUACACCUACUUUGAAUGGCUAAUUUAGCCCUCUGAAGCUGUAUACUUCCCAGCCAAAAACAGUGUUCCCAUGCACAGGGAGUGAUCUUAAUUCUGUACUGAAUGUUGUCCGAUGUCCAGUCUUAUUUCUUAUCCUGAUCUGAUCUUUCAACUGUAUCCCAGUUCCUGAGUAAACCACCCCCAGUUGAACUGGGGAAUCAGUGUCUGGGGCCCCUUAAUGGUUGCUGUUGAAAUAGAAGUGUUAAGACAAAAUAGUCUACUUUAGAGAGUAUCUCUCUCUCUCUCGCUCACACACACACAAGGUCUCUCUCUUGUUUUGUUUUAAGUGUGCCAUAUCAGAAAGAACACACAGACGACUUGACAUGAUGAGGAGCUGUUGAUGCUGCCUCUGGAAAACCUGUUUAGAAGGUGGUCGAAACGGACUUGAGGUUCAGAGUUUUGAUAUAGUCUCAGUAAGAUGUUUGGAAAGUUCUGAUCUCAGGGGUUAUUUGGUCUGAGCCUUUCAAGGCAGUUAACUUCCCUGCAUUUCUUCAAAACGUUCUGCUUCUUUUCUUUAUUUUGUUCUUGGAUUGGAAGUGCAGAUCACAAAUGACCUCUGUUUGUUCGUUUGUUUGUUUUUUAAAAAAAAGUUCUUUGAUUUCAAGAGCUGUGCUGGUGCUAAAAAGAACCUUUGAAAAUGGAAGAUUUUUUUGCGAGUGGGGUUUGCCAGACCCAUAGCACACUGAUUCUUCUUUGGCCUGAGCUCCUAGUAGGGCUCAUUGCCCACCCCUACACCCAGGGCACAACCUUCUCCGUUUCCAGCGAUACAGUGUGAUGUUGGGGUACCUUUGUCUGGAAAAGGGACUCAUAAAAGCGUGUUGUGCGUUCUGAGCCAAGGGGGUGAACUAGGCAGGGCGUGAAUUGAAACCUGUUCCAAAGAACGAGUGCUGAAAGCUUUGUGUUGGAAGCAUUAUGUUAAAAGUUGUCUUAAAUAUGCAACACAAAUAUAUCUAUAUCUCUACGGU